AGAGUUUAAGGCUCCUCUCCCAUAGAGCAACUCUGCACAACCCAAGCAGACCAACUUUGAGACUUUGAAUGAACGUAUUUACAUCCACCUUUCUCUUCAUGUCGACUUUUCUGGAAACAUUCACACGGAUGCCAUGGUUACUCCUACCACGAUCUUACAGGUGAACAAGGUGAUGUCCAUCUUGUUUUAUGUGAUAUUUCUCGCUUACCUUCGUGGCAUCCAGUCUUCCAACAUGGAUCAAAGGAGUUUGCCAGAAGAUUCGAUAAAUUCUCUUAUUAUUAAACUCAUUCAGGCAGACAUUUUAAAAAACAAGCUUUCUAAGCAGAUGGUAGACAUUAAGGAAAACUAUCAAAACACAGUGCAGAAAAUAGACACUCAGCAAGAGAUGGAUGGAGAGGAAAAUGUGAAAUCAGACUUCCAGCCAGUUAUCUCAGUGGAUACAGACCUCUUGAGGCAGCAGAGACGCUACAACUCGCCCCGAGUCCUCCUUAGUGACAACACGCCGCUGGAGCCACCGCCACUGUACCUGACGGAGGAUUACAUCGGGAAUUCCGUGGUGGUGAACAGAACCUCCCGGCGGAAGAGGUACGCAGAGCACAGGGGCCACCGGGGAGAAUACUCGGUUUGUGACAGUGAAAGUUUAUGGGUCACGGACAAAUCCUCCGCCAUCGACAUUAGGGGACACCAGGUGACUGUUCUGGGAGAAAUUAAAACAGGAAACUCUCCGGUUAAGCAGUACUUUUACGAAACGAGGUGUAAAGAGGCCAAGCCUGUAAAAAACGGCUGCCGCGGCAUUGAUGACAAGCACUGGAACUCCCAAUGCAAGACAUCCCAAACUUAUGUCAGAGCACUGACUUCAGAAAACAACAAACUGGUGGGCUGGAGGUGGAUAAGGAUAGACACCUCCUGCGUGUGCGCCUUGUCCAGGAAAAUAGGAAGAACAUAGAUCUGCAUCUCCUUGCUAUAUAAAUUAUUACUUUAAAUUAUAUGAUAUGCAUGUAGCAUAUAAAUGUUUAUAUUGUUUUAUAUAUAUUAUAAGUUGACCUUAUUUAUUAAACUUCAGCAAAUCUACAGUAUAUAAGCUUUCUCUGUCAAUAAACAAGAGCAAAGGGUGUGUGCCUCUGCCGUGGCCAACUCUGGGGUUUUUUAGACUACAUUUGUGACACUGCUUGUUGGCAGCAUACCGUAACCUUCCUGUAAAAUCUGUAAAAUCAGUAUUUUUCAUUCAGUAUUGUCAAACCAGCGACUGUCAUUUAGUAAACUUGUUAAAAAUCAGACCAAUGCCAAGAGUUGUGUACAUAUUUAUAUUCCUUGUUCUAUACGUCCAUAUUUAAUUGCAUCUGCAGCAUUGACUCCUCACCACCAAAACCAAAAAAUGACCAAAAUACAUGUUGUAGGCUGCAGAUGAUGUCAAAUUUACAGGCAUCAGGUAGCCCUAAAAGAAGUCUCUGUGUAUUAUGCCAGUUUUGCCAGUGAAAUGACCAUUUUCCCUCUGUUAGCAUUUCAGAAUGGCUGCUAGUAAUCCAGGAACAUCCAUUUGUGUUUUGGAAGCACAUUUGUUUUGCAACUGUUUCUAAUGCUGCCAGUGCUUCAUUGAAAAAAUAUGAAAGAAAUCUGAAAUAUUUGUAGCCAAAACUUGCUGAAGCCAAGAACUGAUCUAAAUGGAUUGUUAAUAUAAUACAUAAAAGAUGGUUUGUUGUGAUCAGCCUCUUCCUCCUCACACGAAUCAGUUAUCUUCUGCUUGCA